AUGAAGUUUGCAUUAAGUGUCCUGACGAUCUGUGGAUUAAUUGCUCUCGGCUGUGCAGCACCGCUUGACGACUCGGCGAAUGCACGACUGUUGCGUUACGAUUUUGACAAUAUCGGAGUAGAUGGUUAUGAUUUUAGUUUUGAAACUAGUGACGGUACCGAACGCAAGGAGAGUGCAGAACUUAAGGAUUUUGGCGGAGAUACUAAAGCGCUCAUAGUAGACGGCUUUUCGACAUGGAUAGCACCCGAUGGCCAAAAAUACACACUGCAUUAUCUUGCUGAUGAGACAGGCUUCCAUCCAUGGGGCGACCAUUUGCCACAAUUUAAGCCAAAAUAUAAAUCUUAA